AUGGCAACAACGAAGCGCGCUCGACCCUCCUUUUCACCUCCGAGGCCCAGCAAAUCGAAGACCGCUACGAAGGCCAAAGCAUCGACUACAAAAGACAAGACCACAGAGCCUAAGAAGCGUGCUCGACCAUCCACAAGCAGCACCACCUCAGCCACAAAAUCAAACGCCACCACAGCGAAGCCUCGCAAGCGACAACGCUCCCCAUCACCACACAACUCCGACUCACAACCAUCGUCACGCGAGAACGACGAAGAUGAAGACCUUGACGACGACGACGACAACUCAAACCGCAGCGCUAGUCCCGCGGCAACAGACACUAAUGAUGGAUCCCUCAAUGCGGACCUCGACGACGCCUCCAUGCUUCUUGUCGAAGUAAUCCCAUCGAAGAAAGACGAGUCAGAACAACCCAGCAUCCCACUGCCCCUGAUCCACCGCAUCGCAGCCGAGGGCUUCUCAGAGCCAGAGACGACGAAGAUGAGUAGGGAUGCGCGACGGGUGUUGGGGAAGUAUAUCGACACAUUUGUGCGGGAAGCGGUGGCGAGGUGUGCAUAUGAGGCGGAGGGGAGGGGCGAUGAUGGGGAGGUGGGAAGGAAAGGGUGGGUUGAUGUGGAUGAAUUGGAGAGGGUUGCUGGCGUGUUGUGUUUGGAUUUCUGA